CUUAUAAAUUAUUUUAGAAAUAUCUCGUAUAACAAGAAAGUCUUUUUUUUUUUCUGAAGGACGAAAGAUAGCCUAUAAAUUUUAUCUAUGCAAUUACGACAUCGAGGCGGUCUUUCAAUUUCGCACGUAUAUGGAAUAAGUUAGAAGCUAUGUGCCUCGUAGCGAGGUGCACCAACAGUAACUAGGUCAAUGAUGCAUCUCAUUCCAAUUUCCGUGAAAGAUUCGAUCGUUUCUUAAUAAUUUAUUAAACGAUCGACCUUUCCGUCGAUUCGUAGUAGACCGUUGCCUACGAAGGAGGGGCUAUACGCGCCGAUCGUGAUUACGUUUUGACAAAGCCAUCGUGAUAUAAUGGCUCAAAGAAAGUAAUAGACUUUUACAUUAUUACUAAUGUCCACGAGUAUGUAUAUAUACGUCGAAGACGAGAUAUAUAUCGACGAGAUCAUAUAUCAGGUUCAUCGAUAGUAAUGACUUCCUUCCUUUUCUUCCUUUUGUGGAGCAUCAUCAGCGCGCUAUACACAGAUGGCUCAGACAUUCUGCCUUUGUCUAGACUUAGGAAUGUCACUAUGGCAGCUGUCGUCGUCGACAAAGGAUUUUUCUCUGGAAAAAACGAAGAUUAUCGAAAGGCUCGCACUAUGAUCUUAGAUUCGAUCCAUGAAGUCGCGAAGAAGGAGAUACGCAUGGGUUAUAUAGUUGUACACGCAUUGCAGGAUACGAAUAUUGAUCUUCGCGAAGAUUACAUGGUACUUCUGUCGAUUGCAACAUGCGAUAAAACAUGGUAUUUAUAUGAAUUAGCACGACAGUCUGGUAUUAUACAUCUCGCGAUAACAGAUCGUAGCUGUCCCCGUAUUCCAAUUUCUGAUGGUAUAAGCAUCCCAUUGAUUGUCCCAGGCGAGGAAUUGCCACAAAUGUUUUUGGAUCUUCGUACUGCAAACGCCUUAUCUUGGAAGAACGUUGUGAUUUUGCACGAUGACUCUUUUGAAAAAGAAAAAAUCAGUGAUAUCGUUCAAGCCGUAACGAGUAAUCUGCCGAAUAUGAUGUCAAAUAUUGCGUCAAGAUCGAUCUUUUCUUUUAAACGCUUUGCUUCUGAAUCGGUUAGGAAACAACAUAUAAAGGACGUACUUAACAGUUUUCACAUCCAACAGUUGGGCAAUUGUUUCCUCGUUAUCGUCACUGUCGAUACGAUCACAGACGUCAUGGAAAUCGCUAAAUCAUUAAAAAUGGUUCAUCCCGGUAGUCAAUGGUUGUACGUUCUCACAGACGCUGGAAGUCGGAAUUCGACGAACGUAACAUAUCUUGCAGAUUUACUGCCAGAGGGUGGAAACGUGGCUGUUAUUUACAAUAUUACUAAAUCCGAUGGUACCUGCAAUAUCGAUCUUCUUUGUCAUGUUAAUGAUUUUAUUCGAUAUUUUGUGAGUGCUAUAAAAAAUUCAUCUCAUAUCAACAAUGAGUUAAACGAGAACAUCACUGGCACGAAACAUGACAUUUUUAGAUUAACCAAGUUUCAAAUAAAUUCACACAUUCUCAAGAAUAUUAAUGCGAAAUUUUCAGGAAAGUCAAAUUUAUCUAAUAAAAAAUGUGGAAACUGUUUGUUUUGGAAAAUUUCUUCAGCCAUUACUUGGGGAAAUUAUUUCCUUCACGGGAGAAAAGCUGCUAAUCUGAUAGAAUCAAGCACUUGGAAUCCAAGACGAGGUAUUAAUCUAUCCGAUGUAAUAUUUCCUCAUAUUGCGUAUGGUUUUAGAGGUAUAAGUCUGCCGAUAGUGACAUUUCAUAAUCCGCCUUGGCAAAUAGUAAAUGUGAUGAAGAAUGGCGAAGUGAGUUACGGUGGAUUGGUCUUCGACGUGCUCAAGUAUCUGAGUAAAAAAUUAAAUUUCACAUAUGCUGUUUUUGUUCCCAAAAUUAUGAAUAACACGAAAGCCCUACGGGGCUCUACUAGGGCAUUAAAAGUUGGAGAGAGGCCACAUGGAACUCUGACAUCGGCUACGAGGAAAUUGCCGGAAGAAGUACUGGAAUUGGUUCGUACGAAGAAAGUUUUACUUGCUGCUUGCGCCUAUACAGUCAGUGAUUUUGAGAAGAGUGCUAUUAAUUUCACCAUACCUAUCUUCGUUCAGACAUACAGUUUUUUAACGUCAAGACCAACGCAACUGUCGAGAGCUUUGCUCUUUACUUCACCAUUUACUAAAGAGACGUGGGCCUGUCUGGCCGCAGCCAUUAUUAUAAUGGGUCCAAUCUUGUACCUGGUUCACAAGUACAGUCCAUCUAGUACGAAGUUGUCCGGCUUGAAUUCGUCUUGGCAGUGUGUCUGGUACGUCUAUGGUGCACUUCUUCAGCAAGGAGGAAUGUACUUGCCUAAAUCCGAUAGUGCUCGCAUACUAGUUGGUACCUGGUGGUUAAUCGUAACAGUUCUGGUAGCAACUUAUUCCGGAAGUUUAAUCGCAUUCUUAACCUUUCCGAAAAUAGACGAUCCGAUUUUAACGGUAGACGAUCUUCUCGCUCAUAAGGAUAAGUUAACUUGGGGUUUUCCGAACGGUAGCUUUCUAGAGGAAUAUUUACAAAGUUCUGAAAAUGAGCAAUAUCGUUUGCUUCUUUCUCGUUCGGAAAGGCAUAACGACACAGAAGAAGCAGAUAUCAUUAGACGAGUGAAAGAUGGCAAACAUGUCUUCAUUGAUUGGAGAAGCUCUUUGCGGUUUUUGAUGAGGAAGGAUCUGUUAUCCAAUGGAAUUUGUCAUUUUUCUCUCAGUACAGAAGAGUUUAUGGACGAACCGAUUGCUAUGAUCGUUCCCAAUAAUAGUCCUUACUUGCCGAUCAUAAAUAGCGAAUUAUAUCGUAUGUACGAAUCUGGUUUAAUAAAUAAGUGGAUCUCCGAAAAGAUGCCAACGAAGGAUAAGUGCUGGGUAGGUGCAAAUUCUAAUGAAAUCGUGGACAAGCGUAAAGUCAAUGUUGCUGAUAUGCAAGGAAUUUUUUUCGUACUUUUCAUGGGAAUUGUUCUAGCGAUCAUCUUUCUCUGCUUGGAGUUUUAUUGGUACAGACGAAAAGUAUCGAAACAACGCAAAUUUAUCCAACCGUUUGUAUCCUAAAUUUUUCUUAGAAGAAUAUUUACGCACGAUCAUUAUGAUUGUUAUAUCUUUACGUUCUUACAAUAAUAAAAUUGAAGAAUAAAGUAGUAUUAUUCUUGCAACAAUGUUUAGAAAUGAAGUUUUAGAAAUAUCGGAUUGACGGUCUUUAUCGUUUUAUGGGUAAACGGAAACCAGGCUUGAGUAAGGUUGCUUAAGUCUAAGUUGAUUAUCCUAAGAUUUCGAGGAUCGCCGGAAAUGGUCGGCAAACGGAAAAGGUCCUGCACGCGCGUAAUAUUGUGAUAGGCAUUGCAAGUGCGAGUUAAUUAUCGCAGAGGCCCUCACUGUCGAUCCUCGAUGUAUUUAGCAACGAUUCGUGGUGGUGCCGUGCGCGCAAGGUAAAAGUCAUGAAAUUACAUAAUGCAUUUGCUGUGGAUAUCCUCUUCUGAUUGUCUUUCUCGAAAACCGGGUUUUCGCAUGGCGUGUUUUUUCUACCACUUAUGCUAGAUGUACAAUCAACGAAAUUUAUAACUAUAAUUCGUAUGGUAUCA